GCGCUUUGGACGGCUCAGGGCCCCCUGGCAGUGCUCAGCCACCGCGACGACCCAGAGAGCGCGCGGCUCGUGGAUCAUCGUGGGUUAGUUCUGGGGAGCGCUGGCAACGGUGUUAACGACAGCACGACGGAUGGCGAGGCACCCUUCUGGGAGCUCGCCGGCCCCGGAAUUCAAGCGCGGCACGCACGCCUGGCACAUGGUCAGGGCGGCUGGGGCCUGGAGGUUUUUUCCACCGCUGAGACACUUCUGGAUGGCCAACGAGCCACGGACGAACAAGGUCCCCUGCAGCUACGACAUGGAAGCCUGCUGCGGCUGGGCGCGCUGACCGAACUGCGCGUGGAUCUUCCUGAGACGCCAGACUCCGCGCGCCCAGGCCCGGCCAAGAAAGCAUCUUCCAGCAGCGGGCAAUGCCCCGCGCAAUGCCCCGCGGUCUUGGAGAAGAAUUUCGUCCCACGUGAAGAGGAGGAGCGCCCGGCGCCCGGACUCUCCGGCUCCGAACGUGCCCGCGAGUUGAAUCGGGCGCUGCGCCGCAUCAUCUGCGGGCCAGCAGCUGCCCAUUCGGUAGGCGAAAAGAACGAUGCGCUGCGCAGGGAGACCCUCUACGAGGACCGUGCCGAGAAGCGGCGCCGCCUCCAUCCUGUGGAAUGGUCUCAGGUGCCAGAGGUCGCCAGAAAGGACGCUGAUCGCCGUGCUGUGCCGCAGCUCUUGGAUGAAGCCGAUGAAGCUUCGCAGGAUCUCCAGGCGCCUCAGCAGCGGCGCUUCCGAGAAGCCCCCACGGCGUGA